AGCAAAGCCUGUGCACCCUUCACACCCUUCACACCGGCAGCUCAGCCGCCGACCCGCCGGAUGAUCCGGAAGACUGGAUGUUUCUGUAGAGAUCUAUCGAGGCUUUUAAAGGCUGAGGAGCCGACAAGAUCGUCUGCAAAGUUUUGUUCAAACUUUGACAUCGAAAACCUUUUUUUGAAUUGUUCAUUUUCAGCCUCAUGUUCUUGUUUAACAAGCUUUUUCAGCAGGAGAAAACCUUUUGCAAACUUUGAUUUUAAAAUUUUGAUAGCACUUCCAGCCAAUCGUGUUGUGCUAACAUCUUGUAGGAAAUUGUUUUCUUUAUAUAUAUAUAUAUAGAAUCACUGGAAGAAACAGAAACAGCAAUUACAAGACUUUAUCUAAGCAAAUUACUAUCAAAAAAACAACAAAUAUUUGGAAAUCAUCGUGUCAGAAUGAGUAGAGGAGACUCUGCCACCAUUUCACCACAGGAACCACAGCCAUUCAAACGGGCUGUACGCAAAAUCAGAUGCGCUGCGAUGGUGGCGAACUUGGCCAAGAGUUGGCAAGGAUGGGCCAGCGAACAUGCAGGCAAACAAGAUUCUAUCCCAACUGGCUGGAUGCCUUCAUCUGUAGAGGAGGAAAGCAAAAAAGACCAAAGCCAGGUGGUCAAACUCAGCGUUACUCCAAGAGUAAUCAAAGCAGAUCCCGGCGACAGCAAAGAAAACAAAAUCCGGACCUGCUCCGUGACCAAAACUGUCCGGCUAAAACGCAGCGAGUGUAGCAGCAACAACGUAAUAAACGAAAUCCGUGACAAAAUGGAGUCCGGGCCCGAAGAGAGCAAGCCAUUUCUGGGCAAUGAGUCGCCAACGCGCCGCCGUCAGAUGAGGGCGCUGCAGAGCGCGGAAGCAGCAGGACAUGGUGGAAUCAUCCAGGAUAAGAAGAUGAUGCUCCAGGAGAAGAAAAUGAGCUCCAGGAGCAGCAGCGUGGACACAGAGGACAGCGGACUCGGAGAGGACGGAGGACUCAGCGACAACAGCGACUCCAAAGCCGAACAAAGUGGUGGCCUAGUUAAAGCACGAGCCAACAGACCAAAGAUUAAGAUUGCCUCCAUGGGUGACAUCAAAAGCCGCUGGCAGCAGUGGUCCGAGGAGCACAUGGAGGGCCAGAAGCUCAACCCGUUCAGCGAGGAGUUUGACUACAACUUUGCGAUGUCCCAGCGUCUCCGCAAAGGGGAUUCUGGCUACGGUCGGCCCAAAGACGGCUCCAAAACCGCCGAGAGAGGAGACCGGGCCCACAAACACAUCCACAGAGAGAUGGAGGAAAUGGCCUGGAUCAUCAAGGACAUGGGCUUCAAAGACAAGGAGGGUCGGACUAUCAUCACCUUUGGACGACUCUUCGACCGCUACGUGAAGAUUUCAGACAAAGUGGUUGGGAUUCUUCUGCGCUGCCGCAAACACAAGAUGCUGGACUUUGAGGGGGAAAUGCUGUGGAAAGGACAGGAUGACGAUGUUAUUAUCACACUGAGAGACUAAGGACAGAAAAGCUCAUUAUUCAGCUCUUUCAUGAAACAUAAAUAAUGCAUUAAUAGAGUUCAAACAUAGAAAACAGACGUAGUACAGAGAUAUAAGACUGAACAAAAUAUAGACGAGUUUCUUUAGCUGGAAACACACACACACACACACACACCUCCCUGUGCCUCAUUAGUUCUCAUAUAAAUGCUGAGAUGAAAGGUAGCUAUCUUUAGCAUGCUAACUAUGUGUGCCUUGCUAACCAAGCUACAUGCUAGAGGACUUGGGAAUCCAACAAUAUGCCAGUUAUGCUGUGACUUUACUCUGACUGCAGCUGAAGGAGCAAAACUUCAUGUAAAGAAAACAUAUCAAGUCAGUGUUUUUACUUAUUUAUUUUAUUUCAAACAGGUUUUAAAAACAAGAGAACCAGCAAUCAGUGGGACAGAGAAAAACAUGUGCAUUAUUUGUUUACCGCGACUUUUCUGUUAGGAAAGGAGUAAGAAGUGAACAACCUUUUCUGAUGUUUAAACACAUUUUGUCUGAAACAAAACAAGAAACUCAAUGUGUUAUCAAACAGAAAAUACAGUAUAAGAACUCAUAGUAGAAAUAUAUCAAGAUAAAUCCAAGAGUAUUUUGAAUUUAGAGCUUUUCUAGCGACAGAUUUUAAGCAGAAUGUGCAGAAAAAUUAUGAAAAACACAUUAAAAAUGAGAACUAAGUGAAUGUUUAGUGUAUUUUGAAUAGGAUUAGAUGAACAUUUUAUAUUUUGCGAAUGUAUCUAAGAAAAUCAGAUUAAUGUAGGUUGUAGAGGCUAACUUAAACUAUUGUGUUAAAAUUGUUUUAUAAAUAAAUAUUUUAUCUUUUGUGGUUUACAGCACUAAAUCGACACUGAACGUGCAUGCUGGAUCUAAACGGCAACCAGAUACAGUAAAAGGAAUCUUAAAUAUUUUUGCCACAUGAUUUAAAUUAGUUGUAAAUUGAAAUAUUUUGCUAAAUGUUUAGAUUUAGUACAUCCACUGUGAGAACGGUCUAAAGUUGAGUGAAACUUUAACAGCAGACGUUCUUAAAUUAAAGUAUUUUAAAUGUGUGAACAAUUUUCUUCUUUCAAAGUGAAAGUGUGGAAGUCUUCUUACAGAAGGAGCUUUAAAAAAAAUUAUAUUUAUCAUGAACAUAUGUCACAUGUUGUGUUUGGCUCGAUCAAAGUGUUACAUAAAUAAAUUCUGAAAGAAUUUUGA